AUGCCUCGACAACUUCGUAGAUUAUUUGUACGAAUAUUAUUACAUUGUCAACCAUUAUAUCCUGAAGAACUUUGGGAAAAUUUUAAAGUAGCAAUGUCGGAAGAUUAUAUUCGACACUUUGGAUUAAUACAAGGACAAAAGAAAGCAUAUACACAAAUUAAUACUAUGCUUUGUGUUGAAGGUAAAAGUCUUGCUGAUUUUCCCCAAAUGGAACAAUGUAUAAAUAAUGAUACAGAGAAUGAUUAUAUAACACUUGAAGAAGCUAUGGAAAUUGGUACCAAACAAUAUAAUCAGUUAAAUAAUAAACAAAAAGAAAUAGUAGAUCUCGUAUUAAAUGAAUUAGAUACUAAUAAUCAUGAUAACAAUUGUAUUUAUAUCGAUGGUCCCGGUGGUUCAGGAAAAACAUUUAUAUAUAUUACUAUAUAUCAUUUAGCCAAAAUUCGAAAUAAACAUGUAUGUUCAAUGGCUUUUACGGGUAUAGCAGCUACGUUAUUACCAGUAGGAAGGACAAUUCAUAAAAUAUUUGGAUUACCAGUUCCAUUAUAUGCUAAUUCAUCAUCUAACAUUAAAAUUCAAUCUAAAGAAGCUCAUUAUUUGAAAGAAACAGAUAUUUUUGUUUGGGAUGAAGCGCCAAUGGCACCACGCUAUGCUUUAGAGAUUAUAGAUCGAACACUGCGUGAUAUUAUGAAUAAUGCUUUACCUUUCGGUGGAAAAAUUAUUGUAUUAGGUGGUGAUUUUAGACAACUUCUUCCUAUUAAAGUACUCGGUACUCGAAGUGAAAUUGUAAAUCUUUCAAUCAAAUUUAGUACUAUUUGGAAAUAUUUUAGAAAUUUUUCUUUAACGGAAAACAUGCGAGUUCUUCCUGAGGAAACUAAAUUUGCAAAAUUUUUAUUGGAUGUGGGAGAUGGAAUAUUAAAUGAUUCUAAUGAUAAUAUACAACUCCCUGAUUGUUGCAUCACUCCCAUUAAUGCCGAUAUUGUACAAGAUGUAUAUAGUGAUUUGAUACAAAAUAAAGAAUUUGAUAAAAUGGCGAAAUGUGCGAUACUUUCUGCAAGAAAUGUUGAUGUUGAUGAAAUUAAUAAAUAA